AUGGCACCCGCAGAAACUAUCAUGCAAGAAAGUCAUAUUGAUUCAAAAAAUAAUAUAAUUACAAUUGAUCCAUGGUUAAAACCUUUUGAACAAUCCAUAAACAGAAGAUAUUCAAACUACAAACAAUGGAUCGACAAUAUAAAUAACAACGAAGGUGGCUUGGAAAAAUUUUCACGUGGAUAUGAAAAAUUUGGUCUUAAUGUACUUCCAAACAAUACCAUUGUCUACAGAGAAUGGGCACCUAGUGCAAAAGCUGCAAGUCUAGUUGGUGAAUUUAAUAAUUGGGAUGUUAAAGCCCAUCCAAUGAAAAAAAAUGAUUUUGGAGUUUGGGAAAUUGAGAUUCCUCCAAAUAAUGAUGGUACUCCAGCAAUUCCACACAACACUAAAAUAAAGAUUUCAAUGACCACACAAAAUGAUGAAUGUAUUUAUCGAAUACCAGCAUGGAUUAAACGCGUGACACAAGAUUUAUCUGUAAGUGCAACAUAUGAUGGCGUCUUUUGGAAUCCUCAAAGUAAAUAUGAAUGGAAAAACAAUUUACCUAAAAAGCCAUUAGGUUUAAGAAUUUAUGAAGCACAUGUUGGUAUAUCAACAACUGAAGGUCGCAUUGGAACUUAUAAAGAGUUUGCAGAUAAUGUAUUACCUCGUAUAAAAGAUCUAGGCUAUAAUUCUAUUCAACUGAUGGCUAUUAUGGAACAUGCAUAUUAUGCAUCUUUUGGAUAUCAAGUUACCAGUUUUUAUGCUAUCUCUAGUCGUUAUGGAACUCCAGAAGAAUUGAAAUAUCUCAUUGAUACUGCUCAUGGCAUGGGGUUGGCUGUGUACUUGGAUGUUGUUCAUUCGCAUGCUUGCAAAAAUGUUUUGGAUGGCUUGAAUAUGUUUGAUGGUUCAGAUCAUUGCUAUUUCCAUGAAGGAGAAAAAGGAAGGCAUGAUCUUUGGGAUAGUCGCUUGUUUAAUUAUGGACAUUGGGAGGUGCUUCGGUUUUUACUAUCGAAUCUUAGGUUUUAUAUGGAGGAAUAUAAGUUUGAUGGAUUUAGAUUUGAUGGAGUCACCAGUAUGAUGUACAAACAUCAUGGCAUUGGAACUGGAUUUUCUGGUGGUUAUCAUGAAUACUUUGGUGAUUCUGUGGAUGAAGAAGCUAUUGUAUAUUUGAUGCUGGCAAAUGAUAUGUUGCAUCAACUUUCUCCAAAUAAUAUGAUUACAAUAGCAGAAGAUGUAUCUGGUAUGCCUGGUUUAUGCCGUCCAGUAUCUGAAGGUGGUGUUGGAUUUGAUUAUAGAUUAGGUAUGGCUAUUCCAGAUAUGUGGAUUAAAUUAUUGAAGGAACAAAAAGAUGAUGAAUGGAAUAUUGGAAAUAUUUCACUUGUCGGUGAUAAAACAAUCGCUUUCUGGCUAAUGGAUAAGGAGAUGUAUACUCAUAUGUCUGAUGUGACUCCUCGCACCCCAAUUAUUGAUCGUGGAAUUGCAUUACACAAAAUAAUCAG